GUUCUAAUCUCAGUCCUUAUCUUGUCCUAUCCAGAGGCACAUAGGUCCAAAGGGAAAGAGGCAGUGAGGAGACCUGACGCCUCUGUACAUGUCUGGCUCUGUAAGGUUUCGAAGACUGUAGCAUGUGCCGUGCGCGGUGAAGUUUGUCUCGCACCUGCGUUUGUACCCUGUCUAGUCGACAACCACGAGCGGCCCCCUCAGUUGACAGCGGCGCCCUCUCCGUACGAUCUGCAUAGCGCAUCCAAAGAACCUUCCUGGCUUCUUGGUGCUGCUUAAUAGGGAGGAAAUAACAGCAAGCGUAGCGUACAGACCACUUCCAAUCGCACCGAUUGGGGAGGAACUCUCCCGCAGAGGCCAACAUCGUUCACCAUGGAUUCGACACUGGCACCACCCAAGCAAGAUGCCUUGGCCCUCUUCAGCUCUGCAUUAUCCGCCCCCAAUGCAGAUGUGGAAUCACGCAUGCUUGGCGAACUGUAUGCACUGUUUGAGUCACAACCAAGCAAUCUACCAAUUCUUUUUCCAAGCAUCGUUCCCCUGCUCGACCGGGCGCGAGAGACUCUGAGGAAAUGGAUUGUGGACGUGAUGGACCUUGCAUUCUGCAAGGGCGUCAUCAACAUCGAGACUCGCAACAGCCUUGCAAUGUACAUCCCAGAAGCAGUCCUUUCUUUCGUUCGAGAGCCGGGGCUGCCGUAUGCCAAACCCGCAAUCCAAUGCUUCGCCAGCGCAUAUCAGGCCGUCUUUCGACAGAUAUGCAACGACCGCUCGCAAGUUGGCCAAUGGAAGGUUGUCGAAGCCAUCAAGCACCGUUUAGUGGAGAUGUUCGACUCGAAUCACGGCGGCCACGGAUCAAUCGGCAUCAAGGUUGCCAUCAUCAAAGCUUACCAACGCAUCAUCCUCGUUCAGAACAGAACUACACUAGACGCAAGAGGUUAUGGGAGGAACGAUGACGUUCACCUCGGCAUGGUCCCCCCGAACCAUCCUGUACUGCGCGCCUCUCUUCUUGAAGCAGAAGCCAAGAAGCUGCUCACGUCCGUUGUCACUUUACAAUUUACCAGCAACAACACGGACUUGGUCAUGGCGGCGAUGAACACGCUCAGCACGCUAGCGAAAUCGCGUCCUGCGCUGGGCAAGAUAGUGUGUGAAGCGAUGGUCAGCUGGACUCCUGUAAGCCUUGCUGGGUGCUCCUACAACCGGAUUCGCAAUGUCGAAAAGACACUGCGGCUCAAUUACUUCCAUCUCCUAAAGCAUUCGGCUGCUGGUAGCUACGACAAGCAGAUUGCAAACGCGAUCGAGGCGCAAAAGACGCGUAUGGAAGCAGCCAGCAUCACGUACAACCAGGCGCGCGAUGCAGAGGCGAAACGCAAGCGUGACCAUCUGGCCGACGAGAUCGCAGCUGCGUCCAAGCGGCCAAAGCUUGAACUGGCCACUGCUGUGCUUGGUUCAGCGGCAGCUCAGGGAGUAACGCAGAGUACGCAUUCUCCGCAGGAAACUGCAAGAGCUUUCAUGAAUCAACGGCUACCACAAAUGAAUCGAGCAGCUGCUUCAUUCGACGUCACUACUCUUCCGCUUCAACUGGUCGUCGACUUGGUCAUUGCGAAUCUGCAAUCCAUCAGUGAUGAAACUCUGCAAGCGGCGAUGCAACGCACGCGCGCAAAUUUGGCCGGAACACAGCCAGUGGAUGAUAUUGCACCACCACUGGACGCACCGAAGGGGCCAGCGGCUCAACUACCAACAGAGGCAGUCGUGAACCCGCUCAAAAUGGACGUCGAGGAGGUCGAGCUGGACAAUCUGCCUCUUCCAGCAGCCGAGACUGUCGAUGCGGACGAGGAGGCCAUUGGUCCUGGAAGUAAGCUUCUAGAGAACUUCGAACUCGCUGCUCCAGAAGUGCUCGCGCCCACUCAGGCGCUUGAGUUGGUUAAGGGUGCCGUCGGGAGGAUGUGCAAAUGUGGUGCACAGGACUGGACAACACUGGGUCAGCAAGAUCUAGACUUGGUUGACUUGUCGCGGCCAUUGGCUGAGCCGGCGCUGUGGGCAUCGCUCGUAAUUCGACUGGCCACACGAGGUUUCUCGCCAACCUCGAACCGCGAUGGACACGAAGAAGUGAACAACAGGCUCAUCAACUACUCGCAAGAUAUUCGGGAGGUGGCACACACUUUCGUUCGAGAGAACCCGAAGCAGCGAAUAGGUUUUGCGAACUAUUGGCUCAUGGAGGAAUGGGCGUGCGACCGGCAGCGACGCAAAGACGGUGAAGGGCAGCACUACGAGCGUCUGCUGCUAAGUUUGUUGGAUGGUUUCUUGCAGAACAUCGAUGCUAAAGAUCGUUGGCUUGCCACGUUCGUCUUGGACCUCCCUGAGCUACCGGCAACGGCUGUAGAGAAGAUCAAGCGUAUCUGCAUGGACAAGGCGACUAUGCCAUUGGGGUUUGGUAUCAUGCGAGAUAUUGCCAUGUCGCGUCCGCCGGCGCGAAAAGCAGUCAGCGAGAUCUUACUGCGCAUGACACGAUCCACCGACGGUCUAUUGCGCAGGGGCGCCAUUACAAGCGCAAGAGCAUGGGUCGGGCAAGGCUCGGCAUUGGAAGGCACAGUCCUGGCCUAUGCGCGCGACUCUUUACAGUGCCUCGUGCAGGGUAUGAAGGCUCCGGACGACGAGGAGGUAACCAAAGCGGACGGUGAUCAGGAAGAACCCAAGGAAAAGAAAGAAGAGCAGCCCUCAAUGACUCAAGAAGGUGAAUCAGAUCCCGUCACCACAUGGUCUCAGCUGGACGUGCUCCGAUACUUGGAGCUGGAUCUCGCCCUGUGCAUCAAGGUACCAAGCCUUUUGAACGAAAUUUUCGGCGCCUAUCCCAGCAUGCCAACCACGAUACAAUCAGCUGUUGAGAAGCACAUCGCGCCGCUUGUGUCGUCUAUGGGUCCUAACAAUCCAAAAUUGCAAGCAUUAUUGCGCAAUUUUCCUAUUGGCGCAGAUACACUCGCCCUCAGUGUAUUCCAAGUCCUCUCGGACAAAGGCAGCUCCCCGGCACUCGUCUCUCUGGUCAAAUCUUUGGUUUCGGAACGAGACGUCGAUCCACGCUUCCUUGUUCCGAUAAUGCCCGACUUGUCAAAGACCGAAAUCUUGAAGUAUCUGCCGCGCGUGAUCAGCAUCUUGAACGCUUGCAACACGGAAGAGAAUGUCGAUCUGGUCAAGUCGGUCUUUCAGUCUAUUGUCGUCACGCCAGCAGAAGGCUUUGGCAGUAUCUCCACCAAUUUGCCGCGUCUUAAGCAUACUGAGCUCCUCACUCCAACCGAGCUCAUGGGUCUACUACACCGACAGGAGAAUGAGAUUGGGAUCAAGGCAGCAGCACAAGCAGUGGAGAUCUGCUUCAACCUCACUACUGUCUUCCGAAGCGAAGUGCUCGGUGCCAUCUUGAAUCAGAUCGUGGAAGAGCCCACACUCCCAACCAUCUUUCUACGGACCGUGAUCCGGGCAGUGGAUCGGUAUCGAUCACUGAGCACAUACGUCAGCGGCAAUUUGCUUUCGCGUCUGAUCACGAAGAAGAUCUGGUUGGAUCCGCAACUUUGGAAGGGCUUCAUCCUCUGCGCCAAGAAGACAGCGCCGGGGUCAUACGGCGCGCUUGCUCAGCUUCCAAAGGAGCAAAUCAAAGAUGUCGCAUUAUCGAAUCCUGAUCUCAAAACUGGAUUGCAGGAGUAUUUCAUGCGAAGGGCGGGCAACAACCCGGCUCGACUCAACAGUGUCAUGGAACUACUUGGUGGAGAUGCGAUACCUGCGGCAACACCAACAGCACAGACAGCGUCACCCGUUGUUUCUUUGACAUAG